UGCCUGAAAAUUUUGAGGAAGAAGUAUUCUGUGCACAUUUGUGUCUGUGAAGUGUGAAUUUCUUUGAAAAUAAAGAUGACGUGCAUAGAUAAAUAAAUUUUAAUUAUAACUAAAUAUUACAAAAAUUAGUGUCUAUUGGAGUUACAGUCGUAUAAUGUAUUUGUUUAUAUUAAUACUCUUGUCGGUUUCGAUAGAAGGUUCCUUGCCAGAUGAAGGCAAAUGGGAUUACACAGUCACAUCGGCAUCAAAAAUGAUUUAUAGAGAGAAAAGUUUAUACAAGGGUGCAAAAGUUUAUAUCAGAAUCAAUUGUGAUGCCGAAACAAAAGAAUCCAAGAUUAGCAUUAAUUUGGCUAUACUUCAGUCUCCCUGUUGGGAUCCUACUGAUACUUACAAUGCGCUUAAGGAUAUUAUCAUAUCCAACAGAUCUCCAGUUAAUUCUUCAAAGGUUUAUCAUUCUUUUGAGACAUAUUCAUGUAAUGACCACAUUUUCUUGAAAGAUGGUGAUAUUCCACCAGGGAAAAGUUCUGGGGAUGAAAUGUACCCUCUUCAUGUCAUUUCACAUGACGGAAUCUACGUUUUAGGAAUGAGUUUUGCAUCAAAUGUUACAGACUUUGCUAUAGGCGUACAUAUUGAAAUUAAGAAUGAUUAUGGGUAUCUGUCGGCAGUCGACUGGCCUUUGCUUCCUUUUUAUGGCUGCAUGUGUAUAUAUUAUAUUAUUCUCGGUUUGAUUUGGUUAUUGCUUUCAUUUAUGCAGUGGAGGGAUCUGCUAAGGGUACAAUUUUGGAUUGGAGGGGUUAUAUUACUCGGAAUGUUGGAAAAAGCAACAUUCUAUGCCGAAUACCAAAGUAUAAAUAAUACAGGUGUUGAAGUUCAAGGUGCAAUGAUUUUUGCAGAAUGGGUAUCGUGUGCUAAGAGGACUUUAGCAAGAAUGCUAGUGAUAAUUGUCAGUUUAGGCUUUGGCAUUGUAAAACCUCGCUUGGGUUCUAUAUUGCAUAGAGUGGUAGGUGUAGGUUUGCUGUAUUUUUUCCUAGCCGCUCUGGAGGCUUAUUUAAGAAUCACAAAAGCGAAAGCUGAGUCGGGCAAGGACCUCCUGGUUGCCUCAGUUCCACUAGCCGUUCUCGAUUCUGCAAUUUGCUGGUGGAUAUUUUCAGCAUUGGUAAACACAACCAGAACUUUGAGGCUGCGCCGAAAUGAGACAAAACUCUCUUUAUAUCGUCAUUUUACAAACACUCUUAUAUUCUCUGUGGUCGCUUCUGUGAUUUUUAUGUUGUAUUGCAUCAAAGUCCACCAUUAUGUGAAAUGCUUGACAGUUUGGAAAGAUUUAUGGUUGGAGGAAGCAUUUUGGCACAUCUUGUUCUCUUGCAUUCUAUUGGUGAUCAUGAUCUUGUGGCGUCCCACCAAUAACAAUCAAAGGUACGCCUUUGUACCUCUUUUGGAUACAGGAGAUGAGGGUGAAGAGGAAGAUCAUUUAGUAAAUGACGCCUAUGGAGUCAAGGUCAGAAUACAUCAUCAGAAACCAUCCAAUUCGACCCACAGUUCUGUUGAUGAUGAAUUGAAAUGGUUGGAGGAGAAUGUUAAGAGCGACCCAGCAUUGCCAAUAUUAGAUUCUGAUGAAGAACUAGUAAACACAAGAUUUGAGGUUUCCAAAAUGCAGUAGUCAGCUUUACCCGCCUUUGGGAUUCUAAUGUCUUGAUAAAACAAGGUGUACAUAGUAGCAUGGCAAUUGGAACUUGAAGCCUUGUUCAUGCAAUUUGUUCUGAUUGAUUUUAUUUUUUAUAUAAUAUUUCGGGAAGUGAAGUGGGAAGCACUCUUAUAUUUCAAUUUAGGUGUCAGAAUGGAGGACUAUGGUAACAAUUGUAAAUUUGUUUUAAACAGGUGGAGAAGUCGUAAAGUAUUUUUUUUUAAUGCUGUGACAAAGUGCCACGCUAGAACAAACUCUUUAGGUGUGUAUGUCUAAGUAUGCUGGAAGCACUAUGUAAUUACCGAUGUACAUAAUAUCAUUAUGAAUGUUAUUUAGGUUUGUAACAUUGCUACAUGGGAAAUGCCCAUGUUCGAGUUGGAGUAAUUUCAUUUUUGUGAUAUUUUUUGCUAUUUAUUGUAAACAAUGACUAACAAAUAAAAUUAUUCUGUACAUUGUGAAAGUAUAUCACUGUGGAAGUGUUUUUGAUCUUGUAUUUCGUUCCCAGUUUCGGUUUUUUGGAGUAUUUUUUUGUUAGCUUAGUAAAUUUUUAUUAAAGUAUUUUAAAUUGUUAUUGAUAUCCUCG